GCAGGUCAUAUUUGUCCAACAGCUUUCAAGGAGAAUCUUUCUACACUGAGGAAGACAAACAGCAGCGGUGAAACCAUACGGAGGUGAAAGUACACAUUCCAGCACCAUGAGCACUGCAGGGAAAGUUAUUAAAUGCAAAGCAGCCAUUAUCUGGGAGCCUAAGAAACCAUUUAGCAUCGUGGAAAUAGAAGUGGCCCCACCAAAGGCACAUGAAGUCCGCAUUCAGAUUUUGGCUACAGGAGUCUGUCGCUCAGAUGACCAUGUACUGAGUGGUGCCUUAGCUGUGAAGUUUCCCAUUAUUCUAGGUCAUGAAGCAGCUGGUGUGGUGGAGAGUAUUGGAGAAGGAGUCACCUCUGUGAAACCAGGAGACAAAGUCAUCCCACUCUUUGUCCCACAGUGUGGAGAAUGCCGUGCUUGCUUACACCCCCGAGGCAACCUGUGCACAAAGAACGACCUUGGUGUGUCUACCGGAUUAAUGGCGGAUGGCACCAGCAGGUUCACUUACCAAGGGAAGCCGGUUCACCAUUUUGUCGGGACCAGUACCUUCACAGAAUACACUGUAGUGUGUGAGAAUGCUGUGGCCAAAAUCGAUGCUGCUGCCCCUUUGGAAAAAGUAUGCCUGAUUGGCUGUGGAUUUUCUACUGGUUAUGGAGCUGCUGUCAAUUCUGCAAAGGUGGAGCCUGGUUCUACAUGUGCUGUUUUUGGUUUGGGAGGAGUUGGUCUCUCUGCAGUCAUGGGCUGUAAAGCAGCUGGAGCUUCCCGUAUCAUUGGGGUAGACAUCAACAAGGAUAAAUUUGCCAAGGCCAAAGAGCUGGGUGCCACUGAAUGCAUUAACCCACAAGAUUUCAAGAAGCCCAUUCAGGAUGUACUCAUUGAAAUGACUGAUGGCGGUGUUGACUAUUCCUUUGAAGUGAUUGGGCGCACUGAAACUAUGAUUGCAGCCUUGGCUUCCUGCCAUAUGAACUUUGGAACCAGCGUAGCUGUGGGAGUGCCUCCUUCAGCAUCUGAGAUCACCUUCUCCCCAAUGCUGCUUUUCACAGGCCGUACUUGGAUGGGAUCUGUGUUUGGAGCCUGGAAAAGCAAAGAUUCUGUCCCUAAACUGGUUUCAGAUUUCAUGGCAAAGAAGUUCACUCUGGAUCCAUUAAUUACUCACACUUUGCCCUUUCAUAAAAUCAAUGAAGCAUUUGAAUUGCUCCGGACAGGAAAAAGUAUUCGCAGCGUCCUACUACUGCAAAACCCCUGAAAGGGAGGGAAUACUCAACAGGGCUUCACAAGAGAGUGGCCAGUGUCAUCUUGUCUUCACCGGAGCAAUAUAUUACAUAUUGUGGAACAGGACAUCUCUGAACAUGGUUCGAAUCCACUGUGUACUUUAUCAUCUCAUAGGUCCAAGUUGAGACAUCUCUCUCAGUCUAUAAGAGGAAAACAAUGACAACUGUAAAUUCAAAAUUCAUCUUAUCUCAUGAUUAAAAUUUUCAGCACUGACAUAGAAUGCUGAAAGACACAGCACUGACACAACGUGUUCAGUGAAGUAACAGCAACAAAAAUCAUGGAUUUUCAAAAUGGAAUCAUUGGGGAAGGGGGAGGUGUUAAUUGGCAUAAUGUUGAACUCACUCUACAGAAAUAAUGUUUUACAUGAUUAAUAAUAAAAUGAAGCUAUUCUGAUUCCUCAGUGGUGCAUAACCUAUAACGACCUCUCAAAAAUUAAUAAAAAUAACUGGUGUAUCGGA